GUCCGUUGCUGUUCACACAGAAGCCACAUGCGCACCAAAUCAAACCUUCAACUGGUUGAAGCGAUCACGCGCCAUUUUGUUCCGAAGUGUUGAUUUUUGUAGAAGCUGACUGAUAUAUUCUGGACCCGAUUGCGGGGUUACUCGACAAAUUUUGCUGAUUGCAGGAUUAAAAUCAUGUCGAGCGGGAGUGGUGAUCAUGAUGAGGAAGGAUAUGUUGUCAAAAUGCGUGGACUUCCAUGGUCUACUACAGUGGAUGAGAUCAUGAAGUUCUUUGGCGACUGCUCGAUUUCCAAUGGUAAAAAUGGUGUUCACAUGACCAUGUCACGUGAGGGACGUCCCAGUGGAGAAGCUUAUGUAGAAAUGGAUACACCUGAAGAUAUUGAGAAAGCGUGCAAACGAGAUCGUGAUCACAUGGGUCAUCGCUAUAUUGAAGUUUUUAAAGCAAAGCGUGGUGAGAUGGAAUGGGUUGUGAAAAGAAGUGGCCUUAAUCUGGAGAAUGCCAUGGAUGACGGUUGCGUGAGAUUACGAGGUCUGCCAUUUGGUUGUUCAAAAGAGGAAAUAGCACAGUUUUUCUCAGGGUUGGAGAUUUUGCCGAAUGGAAUAUCGCUACCGACAGACUACACGGGCCGCAGUACUGGGGAGGCUUACGUUCAAUUUGUAAACAAAGAUGUUGCGGAACGCGCCCUACAAAAACACAAAGAAAAAAUAGGACACAGAUACAUCGAGAUCUUCCGAAGCAGUUUAUCCGAAGUACGUGCCAGUAUUGGGCCUAAAAUGCGCGGCGGUCCCAUGGGCGGCUUUAAUCAGAGGCCCGCGCCAUAUACCCGUGGCGAUCGCUUCGGCGGGGUGAAUCGUUUCAGCAAUGGCAGAGGUUCCAGAAAUAGAGGUGAUUCCUUUCAUCAUCUAUCGAGAUAUGGAGAUUUCCGUGCAAGAGAAUACCGCGAUAACUAUCCUAUAUCCGAUACGCGUACUAGUUCAUUACACUUCGAUAAUGGUCCAUGGGGAGGUGGAAAUAAUUACGGUUCUCGUGGCGGCAAUAUGGGGAUGCGCGGCGGAAUGGACAUGAAAGGUGGCGGUAAUUAUAGAGGCAAUAACGAUUCUUGGGGCGGCAAUUCCGGCUUACAUAGCAUACAUAUGCGAGGGCUGCCGUUCAAGGCAACAGAACAGGAUAUAGCUGAUUUCUUCAGACCGCUUCAACCAAUAAGUGUCCGAAUCAUACUAGAGAAUGGCGGUCGUCCUUCAGGAGAAGCUGAUGUAGAGUUCGCUACUCACGAAGAAGCUGUCAAAGCUAUGAGCAAGGACAAAAGCCACAUGUCUCACAGAUAUAUCGAGUUGUUUCUAAACUCGUCUAGUAGUGGCUCAAGUGGUAUGUCUUUAAGCGGUAUAGGCAAUUUCUGUGGAGGUACGUGCUUAGGUAAUAACUUCAGGCCUGGUUACUCACCGAACAAUAGGGGAUUCAACUCACAGUUGGGUGGCAAUAAUUAUAACAGUUUUUGAGAUCGGGCCAUGCGUUUCUAACGCUAAACAACGUUUUUGAUUAUAAAUGCAAAUAAUCAAAGUGAUGAUUGUCAAAAUGACACAUCUCUGAGUAACUGCUGAUGCAGUACACUAAGUCGAUUAGUCUUAAUCUUUCAUCCUUUUUUUUUUUUUUUUUUUCCUAUAUAGUUUUUCAAUUAUUCGUUAGAUGUUAAUUCGAUUAUACGCAAGUACUUUUAAUCUUUUCUUUAUAAAAAAGUACGUGUAACUUACGAUUCAUAAUUAUUAGGAAAAGGUUUAUUUCUAAAAAUGUGUAACAAAUUAGCAACUUUUGCUUUUAAUUCUGAUAACUUCGUUUCACGUUGUUUCUUUGAAAUGAAUAACUACAACAGACAAUCGUACGUCGUCCACACGAACUACGAAGAUUCAGAGGAGAGUAAUAAGAGAAAGAUAAUUUAUUUUUAUUUGGGCAAUAUUAGGUUAAACUUAUAUCCAGGAUACACCUCCUGAAGGACCCAGUCAACCAACUCCCGAUUAUCGAACUCAGAAGAGUUAAUCAAUUACGUACCGACCAAUCGAUGUAAUAUGAUUGAUUCCAUUGAGUUAAUCGAAUAAUUAAAUUUAACCGGAGUUAGUUGACACUGCUCCCUCUGCUCUGGGAGAAAUACAUACACACCAAAGAAAGAUGUGUACACGUGCGAGUAUUUCUUUCCCAUGACGACGCACACGAUCACUUAUAUAA